GGCACAAUGGACAGCGAACACCGUAAACGCAUUGAAAACAACAUUGAUCGCUUAAUCAGUUGUACGAAAUUUGAUGAGUUAUCACAUGCCUGUUUGGCUAUGGGUCUCUUGUCACCGGUAAUGUUACAGAUUAUUAAUCGUGUUCCGGAGAAUCAAAUGGUAAUGUCGGAGGCCGAAAUACAAGGGGAACGUCACAAAAGACUGUUGAAGAAGAUCACAAAACGUGGUCCAGAUGCAUUUGCUACACUGUGUCGUAUAUGUUCCGAUCUGCAUUAUGAUACUGCAUUGGGUAUACUGGUGGAUAAUAAUAGAUAUCUAUCGAUACACAAUAAUAAAAUGGCGUUAGCCGGGGCAAUGAUCCCAAACCAAGAAUACGGAAAUCGUAUUAACAACAAUAACAACAGCAACAAUCAUGAUGAGGACAGUAGGCGUAGCAGUAUAAGUAAUGCAGAUGAAGGUGAUGAAGACAAUGGUGAUGGAGCAUAUCAACAGAUUGACCGCAGACGUAGCAGCACAAAACCAUUUAAAUCUGCCCCCAUAUUGGAAGAAUAUACUGGUGAAAUACGUCCCAAACACAAGUUUAAAGUGGAAAAAGCCAAGAGGAUACUCAAACAUCCCAGUCUGGAUACCUAUCCCAUGGAGAGUAAAGACAAUCGUGGCGUUUUCUUUAUGGUUAACAUGAUUAAUUUUCCCUUGGAACAGGAUCGCCGUGAUGGCGCCGAUGAAGAUUCACAUUCACUGCUGCAUCUUUUUAAAGAAAUGAAUUUUAAGAUAUUCUCCUUUACGAAUCUUUCACACAACGACUUCUUCAGAUUAUUGGAGGAACUUUUAAAAUCACAUUACACAAAAAAUACAGAAUGUUUUGUUAUGGCCCUUAUGACACAUGGUAAUAUGGACGCCAGUGUCCAACGUAUUACAUUCAGUGAUGGUGCUGUUGUUAAAGUCAAAGAAAUCGAAGAAUAUUUCCAUCAUCAUGUUUGUGAGAAUUUAGUGAAUAAGCCGAAAAUUUUCCUAUUUCCAUUUUGUCGAGGCGAUAUGCUGGAACUUGGUGUUAUUAAUAAAGUACAGACUGAUAGUAUUACAUUUAACGCUGCUCCGAAAAUGAAAAAUAUACCCAUCUUGUCGGAUUUGUUGCUCUGCUAUGCCACAUCGGAGGGUUUCAAAUCCCAUCGAGAUCCCGAUAAUGGAUCGUGGUAUAUACAAAGUUUUGUCAAAAAUAUGGCCAUGCAUGCUCAUGAUACAUCGUUGGAAGAUAUUAUAAAGAAAAUUCAAGCAGACACAAUGCAUUUACGAACACCCGAUGGAAGUUUGCAGACGGCCAAUUAUGUAAAUGUAUGUUUCAAUAAGGCCUUAUACUUUAAUCCAGGCAUUUGGCUGGAAUAAAUUCCAUCCAUACAGUAUUGCAA